AUGAACCUCAUGGAUCGGACGUCCAGCACCAUCUAUGUUAGCAACAUCCGCCACACUACACCAGUCUCAUCGAUAUCGAUGAUCUUUUCAAAGUUUGGACCUCUUGAACGAUGCGAAAUUCCAGAGAACAAGUUUGGAAAGACCCGAGGCUUUGCUUUCAUAGAGUUUGAGAACAAGUCUCAUGCCUACACGGCAAUGGAUGAGCUAUCGAAGCAAGAUAUCAUUCUGGAUGGCCGAGUAUUGAAGCUUGAAUGGGCAAGAGCCACCAAACUAUAUAAAGAGGACAUCCAGAGCCUGAGCAAUGAAUCAAAGGAGAAGAUCAUGGGUAACUUUUCGAGAGUUCACCAAUUUGAUUCCAAAUAUUCAAAGACUAAGCAACCGCGAAAGGGAGUCGCCACUAUGACGAACCCUAUACCCUCGACAACGACAAUGACGACGAUCAGCAACACCGCUGCUGUUCCAAAACGAACAAUGACGACGAACGGCUACAACGGAGCCAGCCUGAAUGGCUACGACAGCUCGCAGAUGGUUGGCAUAAAACCCAAACCAUUCGGCAGCCAACACACUCUUAUCAAGGACCCGAUGGAUUAUCCGAACGGCGGUACAGUCAAUCCAUCGGCCUUUGGCAUUCCCCCGCAUCACCACCAUCUUCAUCAGCAUCCCGGUCAGCUGGCGUCGCUCAACAACGCGUUCGCCAAGAAGAAUGUAAAUUUAAUUGUAAAUGGACAACCUUUCGAGAACAAGCUCAUGGUCAAUGGCAAUGGACAACCAAUGAUGGUUCCAACCAGCGCGCCGCACAGCAGCUCGAGCAGCAACUACAUCGGUAGUGGCAAUCUCAACAACUCAUCGACAAACUCACCUGCUGCCUCUUCUUCCUCCACCGUCAUCAGCGGCGCUGGCGUCGUGGGCAUGAAGAACUACACCGAACUACCACCACAUGGCAGCCUCAUCAACAGCAGCAGUAGCAGCAGCAUCAGUAGCACCGGCAGCAACAGCAGCGUCAACAGCAACUCCAGCAGCACAAGCCUCUCGCCAAACAACUCUGCCGCCUCUGGUGCCGCCGCUGCCGCAUCAACCAACACGACCAUUCACAGCAACAGCAGCAGCACGAACUCUUCACCCAACAGCAGCAACAACACCACCUCUGUACAUGACAACGACAACGCCAACAGCAUCUUCACAUCCUAUUUCGGAUCGAACGGCAACAACAACUUUGAUUUCAAUCUCCAAACCACACUCAGCAGCAUAGCUAGUCUAGACUUUCGCGCCAACGAGGUCAGUCUGACCAAGCCUUACAACCUGCAUUCGACUGCAACCAACUUCCCCGCCGCACCCACCACUUCGACGACCAACAGCAGCUUGUCGUCGUCGACGCCAGCCGCACCGACCGCCGCCACAUCGAACAACAUCCCAAUCCCAGCACCCACAUCGACGAACAACAACAACAACAACACGAACAAUCACAAUCACAACAACAACCAUCACCACAACAACAACAUCGGUUCAACAUACAACAAUGUUGAACAUGGAGCGCACUUCAACAACAACAACCAUCAUCAUCACUACCAACAAUCCAACCCUAUGAGCUACCGCAUGAGCCAGGACCCUGUAUAUGUCAACAACCCGCCAAACAACUUCAACAACUACAACAACUAUUCGAAUGUCAACCUCCCCUCCAACUAUGGAGGCUUCACUUAUUUCAAUUCCUCCUUCUAA